CGGUCGAUGUUGCCUCACUGCACCCUGGCGCUCAUAUUGCUCGCGACGUUCAUGGCUUAUUAGACCUUGGGAUAAUGGAACCAUAUCGUAGGGGGUAUGUCCCUCCAACAACGCACGACCACCGUGACCAUCAUCAUCAUCGACACAACCCACCUCCACCUCCACCUCCGCCGCCGCCUCACCACUUCGCGCCGCCUGCUCAUCCAGCAUCGCAUGUGCCCCAAGACCACCAGCAGCACCAGCAUCAGCAGCAGCAGACUCCGUAUCGCCAGCAGCCUUCCGCCCACUCCCAACAAUCACCUCAGCCGCUGCCACUGCCGCCGCCUCCGCAGCCGCAGCCAUACCAUCACCACCAGCAGCAGCAGCACCAGCAGCAGCAGUCGCAGUCGCAGUCGCAGUCGCACGCGGCAGCCGGCGUUGCGCUUCCACCUAUCCAGCCGUCUGGACAUCCCCCGCCGCCUUCGAGCUCCGAUCCGUCGAACCUACCGCCGUUUCGCCCACCACCGCACGAGCAACAUCGCGAAGAGUCGCAGCAGUACCAGUCUGAACACAGCUUCAAUAAUCGCUCCGGCCAUGCCACACCAGCACCGCUGCACGUGAACAGGACAUACUCGCAAGACUCGAGCCACCAGCAGCAGCAGCAACAGCAGCAGCAACAACGAACGCCCGCGACACCCACAGCUCCCUCGCACCACCACUUUUCUCCCUCAGCUGAGCCCGACGGCGCUCAAUUGCCGCCGCCGGGGGCACCACCUCCGCCACAUGCCAUGGACCAUGGCGCGCGCCACGGAUAUCCGCCUACCAAUGGUGUACUCCACCAUAGUCUGCCGCCACCGGCGCAUCCACAUCACGACCAGCAUCCGCCGUACGCCAUGACUCCCAUGAUGGAUCAGCAUCAUCGCUAUCCUCCUCCUCCGUCCGGUCAGCCCAUGUACAACGGCCCUCCGAGCUAUGGUCCCGCUGCAAACAUGAACUACGGCCCGAAGCGGAAACAGAUGCGGGCUACACAAGCAUGCGAGCAAUGUAGACAGCGCAAGCAAAAGUGCGAUGAAGGCUCGCCUUGUUCGUUCUGCAAGGAGAACAACUUGAACUGCCAAUAUCGUGACACUCCUCCAGCAAAAACCGACAAGAACAUGGAGAAAAUACUGGCCUACAUGGAGUCCCACGAGCGAGCUUUGACAGAUUUGACCACGAAAAUUGACUCGUUUGAGCAAAGGUUGCGAACAGUGGAACAGAACACACGUUCCACCUCUCAGAACCACGCCCAAACCAGCUUGCAAACCAAUCAUCUGUACCAGUCCACUGGUGGCGCGGAACAGGACAUGGCAAUGUAUGACGAUUCCGUGGCACGACGAUCUCGAAAACCUGACCUCGAAGACCAUCGAACAGCACCGCAUAAGUUGCUACUGUUGUGGCCGUCUGUGCGACCGCUGCUCCAGGCAGCUCAUAUUGCAUACGGGGACGGCUACGUGAUGGAGGCUGAGGAUCGGGGCGUGUUGCGGUUGUGGACGAAAGGCGAAGGCAUCGAUGAGUAUGACGGCACCCAUGCCGGCGGUUCUGCGAGUCCUGCUCGAAGUGAAGACAGCGGAGAUGUGUCGAACGCAGGAACUCCAUCGGAAGGUCUUUGGGGUAUCGGUUUUCCCUCGGCGCCGAGCAGCAAUAGUGGUCGCUCAGACCCGCACAGCUAUGGGGGCCCUAAAACCAACGGCUACGUGGACCUCGAUGCCGGAACGAUCAACAGGCUCUACGAGAGCUAUAUGAGCAACAUCCACAUCAUGCACCCUUUCCUGGACCAGCGCCGGCUGCGCAGGAUGCUUGAUAUCUUCAUCAGCAGAUACAGCACUGGACGCCACCGAGCUGCGUUUGCAGUGGGGAAUGACUACUCUGGCGAACGCCCGAUGAAGAGGCGACGAUCCAACGGUUCCGGGCCGAACAAUGUUGGUGGCAAUAACGUGUCUGAUUCCGACGUUGGUUGUCAACAGGCCACCGAGCGGUCACCUGGCAACGCUGUCAUCUACCUGGUGCUUGCUUUGGGCAAGAUUUGUCUACACAAAAAGGCCUUGCCGUCCAUGGUUCCUAACACCAGGCUCGAAACCAACCUGGUCGUUACACAUCAGUCGUCCGCUCAGCGUUUUCAAGCGAAUUCGCCCAUGUCGGCGACGAUCAAGCAGUCUCCGAUGUCUGCGAAGUCCACACCAGUCACCCAGCCCCCGCCGCCAUCCGAUGCACAUCUACGUAGGCCCGAGUCCGGAAGUCGGCGGUCAUCUGUCGAGGCUCCCUCACCAAGCGCCGACCCCACUGGGCUACGAAAUAUGGAUGUCAUUCCGGGCAUGGCCUACUAUGCUCGAGCGGCUGAAAUCUUGGGUGACCAAGGUGAUGGAAAUGAUCUGGUUCAUGCGCAGAUGUUUCUCUUGGCUGGUUUGUACAAAGGUCAAUUAGCCCGAGUCAAGGAAAGCAUGAGCUGGAUCACGAUGGCUGGCCGCGCGAUCCUGAUCCUCCUCGAUCGCUACAAGCUGUACAACGACGAAUACUGGGACAGCCGCGGAGUGGAAGUGUCGUCAUUUCAAAAGUCGCAGGCCCGUAUCAAGGACACUCGGCAGAGCUUGAUUGUGCUUGCUUCGUGGACGUGUCUGCAGCUCGAGAGCGAUAUCCUCGCCGAGCUUCGACUGCCCGCCAGUGGAAUCCAGGCGAUAGAGCAUAUGCUCUUGAUGCCGCACAAGGUCAAUGAAGACGAGUCGUACUCGGGGCUGGAGCCGGACGGUCGGCUCGAAGACUACGACAAUAUGCUCAUCUACUAUUCUGCUCAGCUCUUUCUUCGGCGGAGAUUGAAUCAAGUGCACAGGCAAAUGUACGGGAAAGACUCCAUGUCCUUGCCGCUUGCCGAAGUGCGGGAGAUGCUGACAGGCCACGAAUCGAUCUUGAGCGAGUGGAGGCGAGGGCUGCCAGCCUUGCUUCGAUGGAAAGACGAUGAUGAUCCACCCAAAGACAUCCUGAAUGCCAGGCUGCGCGCCAAGUAUUGGGGAGCGCGGUAUGUCAUCAAUCGACCAUUCCUCGACUAUGCAUUGCAUGUCAUUCCUCAUGUCCGAGAUGGCAAAACGGUGGAGGAAGUCGCCGUCGACGGAUACAACAACCCUCGCGAUAAGGCCGAUGUGCAUCUUUUCAAGGCCAUUCAACAGAUGGGUGACGACCAAAUCUUCGAGUCCGCGCACCGGUGCAUUUACGCCGCGAUGAAAAGUACAGUUGCGUUCGAUGGCAUCAUUGAUGGAGGUGAGAGGCUCAUUGUCACGAAUAUACACGGGACUGCACACGCGCAAUUUGGAAAUAUGCUGGUAUUAUGUGCGGUAUACAACAACAACUGGCUGCACAAUAUGGUCAGCGGGGAGAAGCUGAAGCAGUUACUGCUCCGUACCAUCAACUUCCUGCGCAGGCUCGCACCAAUUUCGCCGACCUGUAAGGCAGACUGCGGGAUUCUGGAAAAGUUUCGCAACCAUCUUUUCCCAAUCACAGACGACGCCAAGAGUGUGUACAAGGAGGAAGGCGUCGAGCCCGCCAGCGCCGAAACCUCGUUCCAGGGCAGCUUCAAUGGCUCGAUUGCGCGGUGAGGCAAGCACAGGCCCGGUCAUCAUCCAGAUAUCAUCAUCCAGAUAUGACUGGUCCGCAGAGCGCAAUCACCCCGCCGAGGUGUAGUCUUGCCUCGUUUGGUCCAUCACGAUUAUCCUAGAAGUACUCGACGUACACUUUCCCCGGGAACAUGUCGCUGUGGUGAAGGCGCAGAUGGAUCAAGCAAUGGUUCCCGUUUUUCUACCGCUUCGAGCGGUACCUCGGUCAUUGGAGGGAGCAUUUCGAUAUUCGGAUCGUCAGGCACCACUACCAAUGAUCCUGGGGAGGACAUGGGGAUGGCUCUGAUUCGGCAUUACCACUCGGCACAAAUUGGCGCCUUACAGGUCGAAUCAUGACUCUCAUCACAAUCGAUUUGGCCCACGCGCAUUCGCUUUUCUUUUUGCAGCAUCGUUUCUUGCGGAUACCAGGCUCAUCGCCAUUGUCUGGGAGGCAGUUUUUUGAGUUUUUGCUCUCUUGUCACAGGGGUGGUCAGAUGUUUGUUUUGCAUACAAAGGGGAAUGGAAACCCCCCACACCAUGUGGGAUGUACAGUUAUGAAGAGAUGGUGUACAUUGUACAGCAGCACUUGGCACUUGGCUGUACUCGGGAGUUAAUGUGGAGCUAGCUAUUGCGCUCUUAUAAUUUUGUUACCUCCUAGGUAGCUGUUGCGCUUGAUACUGAUUAUGUUCAUACAA